UCUCCCCCGUCUCUCUCUCUCUCUCUCUCUCUCUCUCAUGACUUGUUUCUCUCUCAUGAUCCAACACUCAUCGGAGAUCUCGGGUUUGUUGUAGGAACGCCUCUGGUCUGGUCCUUUCUCGUCCUCUUCACAAUAUUCUCUCUCCUCUCUAUCUCUCUCUCCAAAAACCCUGGACGAUCUCCUCCUCUCCCUCUCUGAAAAUCCACCGGGGAUCGGAAUCUCGCCGGGAGCCCCUCAGCUCUCCGGCAAAACUCCAUGAAUACCUGAGAGGCGGUCAUUUAUAGAGAGAGAGAGAGAGAAUUUCUUCUUCCGGGUAAAGAAUUGGGAAAAAAUUUCAACCGGGAGAAGGAAUCAUACAUUUGGUUAACGUGCAAUGCAGGGGAAGAGAGAUAGAGAGAAAGAGAGAGAAAGAAAGCGAGAGAAGGAAUCAAGUUUUUGGAAUUUGGAGGUCUUUUGCACGGCACAGAUUCCUUUAUCAGAUCUCUUACUCGUUAAUCUCCCUUUCCGUUUGCCGCAAUCAAUUCGACUUUCUCUUAAUCUCUCUCUCUAAUUUUUUUCCUUAACCUUCCUUGCCUUCUCUUUGUUUCGAAUUCUUCGCCCCCUGUCCCUAUUCUCUCUCUCUUUCUCUCUCUCUCUCUCUCUCUCUCUCUCUCUCUCUCUGUUUUUUUUUUUCCAAAUCUAUUUCCAGAAUUGUCCUCUCUGAGCUCUGAGUAUUACCUGAGACGGCGUCCAAAUUCAUAAUUUUCUCAAGAUCUUUUUCGAGGAAACUGGGAACUGUCCUAUUGUGUUGAUUCGGUGGGGAAAUCGAGUCAAGGAACAGCUUCCAGUUCUGUUUGCUUUUUGUGUCUGAGUUUACCAUGCCAUCAGAAAUUGUGGAAAAUGGUUUGCCAUCGUCAUCUUUUUUCUCAGACGAAUUGUGUUUACCUAAUGAGAGACAAGUUGGGUUUCAGAAGGCAGAAACUGCAGCUGCUCAAAACGGUGUAAGAAUGGAGGGUGUACUAGGAACAGAAGGCAGAGAUUCAGUUGCUUCAUCACCCUUGGAGAAACGGAUGUCAGUGGAAUAUCAGAUUCCAAAUUCUUUCAGACCUCCCUCUCCCUACCUAAUCCGAAACCAGAAAGCUAAUUUUAGCUUGGAGAAGCAUGCAGUGGGAGCAGAGAGAGCAGCCACCCAUUCCUCGCAGGGACUCAUUGACCAUAAUCCAGGAACAAGAUCAAAUUCGAAUAUGGAGCCAUCCUUUUAUUCUAUGGACGGUGAUGGUAUUCAUGUCAGAGGUGCUCAGUAUGAGAAUGGUCUCUUCUCAAGCUCAUUAUCAGAACUAUUUAGCAGAAAAUUAAGGGUAUCAUCAAGUGAUGCUUUAUAUGGCCAUUCUUUUGGUGCCGAUGCCUCCCACUACAAGGAAGAUGAACCUUUUGAAUCCCUUGCGGAGAUUGAAGCACAAACUAUUGGCAAUCUCCUCCCUAACGAUGACGACUUGCUCUCUGGGGUGACUGAUGGCCUUGACCACGUGCCCCAAACCAACACUGGAGAAGACAUUGAGGAUCUAGACCUUUUCAGCAGUGUUGGAGGACUGGAGUUAGGAGAAGAUGGCUUUCCUCAAGGUCAAAGAGAUUCUGAAGAUAGUCGGCAAGGGGGUUCUAUUGCUGGGAAAUACUCUUGUGUGGAACGUCCAUCUCGAACACUUUAUGUGCAAAACAUAAAUAGCAAUGUUGAAGAUUCUGAGUUGCGGGCCCUUUUUGAACAAUUUGGAGACAUCCACACUCUUUAUACAGCAUGCAAGCAGAGGGGCUUCAUUAUGGUCUCAUACUAUGAUGUAAGAGCAGCUCGAAAUGCUCUGAGAGGGCUUCAAAACAAACUCUUAAGAUGUAGGGAGCUUGACCUAUACUUCUCAAUUCCAAAGGACAAUGCAUCAGAGAAAGAUAUUAACGAAGGCACUCUUGCGCUUUUUGACCUUGAUUCCUCUGUUUCAAAUGAGGAACUCUGCCAAAUUUUUGGCGUCUACGGUGAAAUUAAGGAGAUCCGGGAGACCCCACGCAGAAGUGAUUGCAAGUUUAUAGAGUAUUAUGAUGUUAGGGCUGCAGAGUCUGCUCUUCAUGCAUUGAACAGGAGUGUCAUUUCAGGAAAGCAGAUUAAGCUUGAAGCUAGCCGUCCUGGGGGUGCUAGACGGUGUUUGACAUCACCAUUUCCUCCAGAAAUGGCGCAAGAUGAAUCUGCUCCAUAUCUCCGACAAAGUCUCUCUCCCAUUAACUCUACAACAGGGUUUCCUGGACGAGUUUCACAUCGGGGAAUCACAUCUCCUGGCAUGGAUAAUGGAACUAUUCCAGGAGUAUAUUCUGCAUUCCAAGCCCCUAUUAGUCCAUUGGUUGGUAACAUGUUCCAUCACGGGAUCUCAUCUAGUGUUCCCAACAGUUUACCCUCUCUGGUGAGAGUUGAAUCACUUGGCAAUCAGUCCAGUCUCCCUGAAGCUAGCCAUUCACAGGGCCAGCCGAAAAUUGAAUUCCAGAUUUCUCCGAAUUUUCAUCCGCACUCACUUCCAGAGUAUCAUGAUGUUUUAACCAAUGGUGCUCCCUACAACUCUCCGGGUAUUUCUGCAAAUAUUAGUGUCAGGCCAUCCGAAAGAAUUGAGAACCGCCAGUUUUGUAGAGUAAGCUCAAACGGUCAUCCACUUGAACUGAGCGAUGCUGUAUUUGUUUCUUCUGGGAAUGGGAGCUGUUCUCCUGGACAUCAUUACAUGUGGAGUAAUGCGCAUCACCCUCAGCCUCAAGGCAUGAUGUGGCCAAACUCACCAACUUUUGUCAACGCCGCUUGUACUGCUCAUCCCCCUAAUGCAAUUCCCAGAACACCAUCUCAUAUGUUGAACCCGCUAUUACCCACAAAUAACAUCCAUGUGGGGUCAGCACCAUCUGUGAAUCCUUCUCUCUGGGACAGACGACACAAUUAUUCUGGAAAAUCCCCCAAUGAAACCAGCUUUCAUCCAGGUUCUCUUGGGAACAUGAGAAUUUCCAACUCGCCGCAUCAUUUGGAUUUUGUUUCCCAAAACAUGUUUCCUCAUGUCGGUGGAAACUGCAUCGACCUGUCUAUUCCGUCCAAAAAUGUUGGAUUGCACUCCCCUCAUCUAAUGUUUCCUGGGAGAGGCCAAAUGAGUCCUGUGACGAGUCCAUUUGAAUCUCCCAAUGAAUGGGCUAGAAGUCGUAGAAAUGAAGGCAGUUCCAAUCAAGCUGACAGCAAGAAACUGUUUGAUCUGGACAUUGAACGCAUAGGGCGAGGUCAAGACAACCGGACAACACUUAUGAUAAAGAAUAUCCCUAACAAGUAUACUUCGAAGAUGCUUUUAGCUGCAAUUGAUGAAGGCCAUCGGGGAACAUAUGAUUUCGUUUAUCUACCCAUCGAUUUUAAGAACAAGUGCAAUGUGGGUUACGCAUUCAUCAACAUGAUUGAUCCUUCCUUGAUUAUCCCAUUCUAUCAGGCAUUUAAUGGGAAGAAAUGGGAAAAGUUUAACAGUGAAAAAGUGGCAUCACUUGCUUAUGCUCGCAUACAGGGAAAAGCUGCUCUUAUCGCCCAUUUCCAGAACUCAAGCUUGAUGAAUGAGGAUAAGAGGUGCCGGCCAAUCCUCUUCAACACCGAUGGUCCUAAUGCAGGUGAUCAGGUGCCCUUCCCCAUGGGUGUAAAUGUUCGAUCUAGACCUGGAAAGACUCGAGCUAUGGCCGGUGAGGAAAACCAUCAAGAAAGCACAUUGUCGAAUGGGGAGGAAUAUUUCGAUGGAGACUUGUAAUCAGGGUCUGCUAAGGGUUCAAACUGGGCUUAGCAGCUUACCUUUUUAUGGGCGCACUAACCUUCUAUGAGUGAAACCAGCUAAGACCGAAAUUAACCCCACCCUGUAUUUACUAACAUGUAAAGGGUGGUUCUCCGAGAAGAAAAGGAAAGUUCGACUCGAGCAAAUGAAUACUAAUUUGGGGGGUUAUUUCCAGUUGGAAAGAGGAGCGACAAGUGGAGCUUCAAAAUUUUGGACGAUUUUGCCAAUGUUGUUUCUAACUACGUAUGUACAGGAGUUCCUGAGAAACACGGAGAAAUUUUGCUGCUCUGUCAAGGAGGCUUCUCUACCACACUACUUGUAUUUCUGGUGUUUUCGCUUUGCUCUACUUUUUUUGUCUGUUAAAGGGUCAAGACGAGAAAUCAGAGUGUUUGACAAUUUUGGGAAGUGAUGAACUAAUGAACUCUUGCACGAAUUCUUGGCAUUUGGAUAGAGGAUGGGCGGUCCUAUUUUUUCGCAAUUGGGUUGUCACCUUCUCUUCCAAAUGCUGGUAUAUAUGAACUGUUUAGACCUGGUAAUGGUAAUAAAUGUUUUAUCCA